AUGAAAGUAAACCAUUCAAUUUCAAGAUUUCGUCCGGCCUCAUGGUUCGAAAAGACAAAGAUAAUUCCACCUCAGGUGUACAUUUUUAGGAAUCUGGAGUAUGGACAGGUACUGUACUCUCAAUUUCCCAACUUUUCUCAGAAGCAGAUAGAAAAGCUGUUUAUGAGACCAAACUGGAGCAACAGAAAGCCAUCAUUGAGAAGGGACAUUUGGAAAUGUAUGUGCGUAGUAAAUUUACAAAAUUACCAACAGAGUGUCCAGUUGUACCAGAAUCUUUGCCGGUUGCGAUACUUACGUGACGUGGCACAGCGUAAGGAGAGCGACAAGCUAAGGAAAAAGGACUCCAACGGGCACGUUUGGUAUAGCGGGCAAUACAGACCCACAUAUUGUCAAGAAGCGGUAGCAGACUUACGAGAGUCGUUGCUGAAGGUGUUUGAGGGUUCUGCACAAGCCGGAAACCAGACAAUACACACCAAGAAACCGUCCAUUUACUGGGAAGAUCCGUGGAGAAUGGGUGACAAAGACAAGCGCUGGAAGUUCAAAGUGUUCGAUGUUUUGGGGUUGGAACACAAACUCAUCGAGCGUGUAGGGAAUGUCGCAAGGGAAGAAAGCGUAAUUCUUAAAGAGUUAGCCAAGCUGGAAGCAAACUCUACGAACCAGACGGGAGUCCCUUCGCAGUAG